AUGUCCUUGUCCGCCACGCGCCCUCUUUUCUCCAGCAAGUUUCCUCCCUCCUCUCGCGCUUGGCUUGCCCGGCAAUUUCGUGACCCCUACGUCCGAGAACGCCUCUCACAUCCAGACCGGUUCCGAUCUCGGUCCGCGUUCAAGCUCCUUGAGCUUGCCAAAAAAUGGAAAUUCUUCUGCCCCGAUGUCUGCGCCGUCGUCGACCUUGGUGCAGCCCCCGGUGGCUGGAGCCAGGUCGCCGCAGGGAAAUUGGGCUGGAUAGAAGAGGAUGUCGUGGGUCUCCCGCGACCUUCGACGAAGGAUACUAGGCCGCCGACGCUUGAGUUUGGCCUCCAGGUCGACUCGCAGAGCAGUAGUUCUCAACCAUGGAGUCAUCUCGUCGAUGAGGUGGCAGGAACUCAGGGCGAUCCAUAUCUGGAUGAAGAUAUCACUUAUGCUAUCGGACGGGGAACCGUCAUUGCCGUUGACCUCCUGCGCAUGCUCCCCAUUCCUGGCGUCAAAACACUCCAAAUGGAUUUUCUCUCCCCAAAGGCUGAUGAGUACAUAGGAUCACUCCUGAAAAACGAGAAAAACCCCGAGGGAAAAGUUGACAUUGUGCUGUCUGACAUGGCGGCCAACUUUUCCGGUCAUAAGGCGCACGACGUUGAGUCGUGUCUCGAGAUCUGCCAGGCUGUUAUCACAUUUGCUCGCAGACACCUACGAACAGCGGAGAGUGUUGGUAGGGAAAAGGGUGGUGUACUCGUUCUCAAGUAUUUCGAUCAUCCGCUUUUAGCGAAGUUUCGCCACGAAGAAUUAAAGCCGUAUUUCAAGGGUGUUUUCAACAGUAAACCACCUGCUAGUCGGACAGACUCGAGCGAGGGAUAUUGGAUAUGCAUGGGGUUCAAAGGAGAUCUUCCGCGUUUAAAAACUCAUAAAUGGCGCGCAGCGAAAUCACCGUCAAGACCAAGUGAUGGGAUAGAUGCUAAUGCUGGCCAGAUUGAUGAAGGCCGAGAGGCCCCCUGA